AUGCCUACAUACAUGUGUGACAAAUGUAGUUUGGUAUGUGCUGACAGAAAUGUCCUAACCAUUCAUAUGAGAUGUCACACGAAUGAGAAACCUUUCAAAUGUCCACACUGCCACAAGUCAUUCUCUCAGAAGGGAAAUUUAAAAGUGCACACGUUGAACAGCAAAACGUCUGCACUCAAUUACGAAUGUUCGAAAUGUGAUUUGAAGUUUAAAAGUGAGUCGAAGUUAUCGAGUCAUCUUGCUGUUCACGAUGGCAUUCCAUUGAGACUCUUCUCCUGUCUUGUCUGCCAGAAAGGGUUCACUCACAAAGGAACGAUGAACAACCACGUUCGUUUUGUUCACCUAAGUGAACGACCGUUCACUUGCGAUGUUUGCAACAAAGGUUUCUGUAAUGUCAGUCAUCUUAAAAGGCAUACAAAGUUGGUUGCUUCACCAACUACAACCACCACUUGUAGCCAGUGCCACAAGCGCUUCACGCAGCUGAGCGCCAUGCGGUCGCACGUGCGGUCGGUGCACCAGAGGAGGAGGGAACACCACUGCCAGCGAUGUGGGAGAUCAUUUUCAAGGGCAUCACACCUGAAGAGGCACCGGCAACUUCACAAGAGGGGCAGCAUCUUCCAAUGCGAUCGUUGCAGUCAGCAAUACAGACAGAAGUCCUCCCUCCAAGCUCAUAUGCUCAAACACACCGGCUUCAAACCCUUCAAUUGCCACAUCUGCCAGAAAAUGUUUUCCAAGAAGCAUAGUUUAAAGAAGCACCAGUUGGUGCACAGUUCAGAUGAGAGGUCCAUGUUCAAAUGUUCUCAUUGUCCUCGCAAGUUCACCCAUCUCUCUACUCUCAUCCACCACUUGAAGAACCUGCACAACGCGAUCGGCGUUGAUGAACUUCUGAAAGAAAGAAGUGAACUGAAGAUGAAGUUGAGAAGUGAGGCACUCACUCGUGAUCCCAAGCCAUGGAAGUGUCCUCAUUGUGAAAAAGAGUUCAGCCACAAAAGUUUGCUUUCGAUACAUUCUCGCGUACACAGCAAGCUGAAACCCUUCGUUUGCCCUGUUUGUGCUGCCCGGUUCACUCAGCUUGGUUCACUCAAGUCGCACAUCAGUUGCGUCCAUUUCGGGGAGAAGUCUCACACGCGCAAAAACACACCAGCCGUUUCAACGACACUGACAACAUUAUCGACAGCAGCACAUCAGCAGAUCUGACAUCUGUGUAUGCUGAUGUAAUUCGUGCACAUUGGUAACAUAUCGAAGAAUGGUCACAACAACAUGUUGAAGAACAACCACAAAACUCUGAUUCACCCGUUUAGGUUCAACCCGACAGUUGCCGCCCACUAAAUGGUCAGCAGUUGCUGAAUUCUGUGUUUUAUAACAUACGUUUUAAACAACGUUCAUCAGAUUCAACAAGAGCAAUCUUGCACGUUUGCGACAUUUUUUUUGCAACAUCCGCAGCACCUUCGACUGCGUAAAUCGAGGUUGGAACAACAAUCAUCAUGAAGACCCUCGGACAGCAUCUACAUUAAUUUCAGCCAAACACUAGGAGGGCACUACGUUGCAGAAUGUCCGCUUGCUGAACCGACCGAAUGAUACGAUUUGACCGACGAAGCAUUCGCCAGACUUGUAAUGAAUCAUUUCUGUUGAUAGAUAGAUAGAUAGAUAGAUAGAUAGAUAGAUAGAUAGAUAGAUAGAUAGAUAGAUAGAUAGAUAGAUAGAUAGAUAGAUAGAUAUCAUCGUAGUUGCCUGUCUUGCCUGCCUUUUCUAAUUGUUAUUAUUGAAUUUGCGUGAUCUUUUUGUUUUUAAACAUUUUUCCAAUUAGUUUGUUCAUGUUUAAAAUUUUUUGUCUUAUUAAAAUUUUGUUCUCGAAAACAUUUUAAUACACCUCUAUUAGAUUGGGUUUUCAAUAAUAUGUCUCAUCCUUUUCAAAAAAA